CACACCUCGCCACAGCUUUGAGUUCCGCUUCACCAGUCACCACUCACCACUCGCUAGAAGGUGCUCUGUUUUGAUCCAAGAAAAAGAGAGGGGGCGCUCUGCUUCGUUCGAUGGCGACCGUGAUGGAGGCGGCUGCUGCUCCGGCGAUGGUCGGAGCUGGCGAGGAGGUGAAGGAGGCGGUUGCUGCGCCGGAGAAAGUGGAGGAGGUGAAGGAGGCGGUUGCUGCGCCGGAGAAAGUGGAGAGGAGGUGAAGGAGGCCGGUGCGGGCGAGGAGGUGAUGGAGGUUGCCGAAGGUGAGGCAAAGGAGGCGGGUGCGGGCGAGGAGGCGAUGGAGGUCGCCGGCGGUGAGGCGAAGAAGGCGGAGGAAGGGGGUGAGGUGAAGAAGACGGAGGGGGGGCAGGGGAAGGGGGAGGAGAAGAAGCCGAGGAGCAGGAAGCCCCGGUCGGCGGGGCCGCACCACCCGCCCUACUUUGAGAUGAUCAAGGAGGCGAUCAUGGCGGCGGGCGACGGCAAGGCGGGGGCGAGCGCGUACGCGAUCGCGAAGCGCGUGGGGGAGCGGCACGGGGAGGCGCUGCCGGGCAACUACCGCAAGGUGCUGGCCGCGCAGCUCCGGAGCUUCGCCGCCAAGGGCCGGCUCGUCCGCGUCAAGGCCUCCUUCCGCCUCGCCCCCGCCGAGGAGAAGAAGGCCCUGCCGGCCAAGAAGACGACCACCAACAAGGCCGCGUCGAAGAAGGCGCGGCCGAAGAGGGCGAAGAGGGCGGGGCCGCCGCCGGCGAAGCCGAAGCCGAAGCAGCCCAAGUCGAUCCGCGCCAGGAAGGCCAACAAGGCCAGCGCCUGAUGCCGCCGCCGCCGCCGAUGCCCUGUCCCCUGUACAUAUCUGCUCCGUAGCAGUACUAGUCGUACUGGCACGUUCGAUCGAGCGCCGUGUUCUGUAAAUAUCCACCCGUGUGUGUGUGUUCCGGCAAUAAUGGCGCUCUCGUGCCGGUGUCGAUGGAUGUGAGGAAGGAGAAGAUGGUGCAUGUGCCUGUGACCGCAAAUCUGCAAGACUGAUGCUUGUAACA